AUGCCGCCAAGCAAUUCGAUGAGCAAGGCAACUGUCUUAGACUCGCAGCGUGAUGCUCUAUUCCGCCCGCACAGCGCAGGCUGGCUGAUUCCGGCCGAGACAAGUGUCUGCAAGCCUGUCUUUGUCGCCUACUCUGUGCUGUCGGCGAUAUGGCUGUUAAAGGAGACGCUUGCUAAGGACGCGCUGCCUGCUGAUGCUUGGGCCCGGCUGAAGGAACCCCCUUCAGCGCAGCAGCCCCGCGAUUCCCUACCACCGUCGACAAAGCGCGCUGCUGCAUCCAGCUCAGCGCGGCCGUCCAAGCGCCUCCGACGAGCCAGCGAGUCUCCCAGUCCUGCGACGCCGCUGGAAGCAGAGGACGAAGCAGAGGAACCUGAGCAGCUUGCGCCGCCUAGUAAAUCUGAGGCGGCUGAGGACCCUAAACAGCCCGUCCGUGGACAGGUUGGACACGAGGAACCGCCCCAGAUCACGAGCGUCUCUAACAAAAACCGUCGUGCUAAGCAGGAGCGCGCCAGGAAGCUGGAGCUUAUGCGAGCGCAGAAGAAACAGGACCUUAGGUUGGUGCUGCCGCCCGAGUCGGCAUCCCGCAGGGAACACGGUGCCUAUGCCUCCAUCUUGCGGCAGGAUGAGCCGUUCAUCUCUUGGAUCCUCAAGCAGCUGGUUAACGACGACGACCUGUACAGCAGUACCGCAACGCCUUACCUAACAGCUUCUGGCAUGCUCAAAAAGGCCAACUCUAUUGGCAACACUACCUCCCAGGCCUCUGCGGCUGCAUUUCUGCGGAGCUGGCGCACACAAGGCUUACCCUUUACGCAGGAGUCUGUGGAGGAUCGCCCGCCCGCUUCCUCGCGCACCCGCUGGUCGCUGUCGCAGAAGAAUAGCUCCUCGACUGUGCCAAAGAGCGCGCUCGCCUCCGCCUGGAGCCUGUGCGAUCGCUACAAGCAGGACAAGGCGUACACUAAGAGGAUAGACCAGAUUAAGGAGCAAGACGUUGCCCGCAGCAGCGAUGCUAAGAACCGAGGCAGCAGGGGCAAAGUCAGCUCUGAGGCCAUGGACGCCCUGCUGCUGUCCGCCACCGCCAUGUCGGGGCGUCAGCAGCGUCAGCGAUUCAAGAAGCAGCUGCACCAAGCGCUCCGCUGGUACGAAGCAGCCAAGCAGCUAGGCUGGGGCAUGCUCUGCCUGAUGCCGCACAACAUUAUCUCUAACUUCAUGGCCUUAGACGCCUGGCUAGGCUUAGAAGGCAUCUCUGGCGGAUCCAUCAGCGAGAAGGCAACGCUGUCGAUCGAGGCAGACACGCCGACACCGGCGACGCAAGUAGAGGAGAUUGAAGACAGCGAGAUGGAAGAUGGCGAAGACACCAAGAACGGCGACGACGACGGCGCUGAGGAUGCGCUGUCUCAAGGACCCGCUAAGAGCCCUGCGCCCGCCCGUCUGAUGCGCCAGCUUACCUUGAUUGAGCUGUGUAAGCCUUUUUAA